GCACUCACGGGUUCUCCUCAUUCAGCUUCUCAACAUGAACUUCAUCAGUGUGCUGUCCUGCCUCAGCCUGCUGUUGGCAGCUGCUGUCGCCCAGGCACCAAAACCAUGCGUUUCUCCUGCACUGAUGAGUGGAGGCCUCACUGUGAUGGCUGGCAACGGACUCUUCAUGUCGACAGGAACAAUUACCUAUGAUGCUUUUGGACAGAGGAUGCGGGUCAGAAACUAUGGGUUUAGUGGCAAUCAGACCUUUGGUGUGGAUCAGUUGAUGCUUUUCAAUCAGAAAGUCUAUUAUGAGAUCGACUGGAGCAAAUUGUCUUGCAAGAAGAAGGCGCUCGACACCUCCUUCAUUCCCAUGCAUGUCCCCUCUGAUGCUAAACUGAUGGGUCAGGUAUUCCUGGGCUCCUCCUCCUCCUUUGGAAUGGGUGUGCUAGUCAACACCUGGUAUGGAGACCUGCCACACAACGGCACAUACACGACUGUCUUCUCUGAGAUCGGCUGCAUCCCGAUGACUUACACCAGCUACACUCCAGAGUCUGGAUGGAUCACCAUCAGCACCUUCAACUGGGUCCUGGGCAACACAAACCCCAUGGACUACACCCCACCUUUCUUUUGUGCCAAGUCUAAACUGGAGGAGACAGAGACACCAGAUACCGUCUUUACUGCCUUGAAGUCUCUGGCUGUGAAGACCAAGAACGAAGAGUAAACAUCUGGAGUAUCUCACUAAAAUAAUCACUAAUACUGCUCUUGUUAGGGCCACUAAAUUGAACCCAAAUGAUCCAGUAAUCAUGGAUAUCAUGGGAUAUAAAGCCAUUUAAAUUAACAUGAUUUCCAAGGUUGUUUUAACCAGCUAAGCCACGAUAUAGCCCCCUGUUGAACAACAAUCUCAGUGUUUGGUAUUAAAGAUUAAAGGAAAUAGUACAAGAGAAGAGGAAAAGUCUUCAGACCCACCACUGAGUAGUCCCACAGGUCAUUUAUGGACAUGCAGCCUGUAAGUUUUGCUUUAGUUUUUCUCCUGUACUGCUUGAUAUGCUUGAUAACUAUGAAUGUAAUUUAGGGCCAGGAUGUUUGAAAGAAAAAAAUGACAAACUGUGAAUGUGAAAUGAAACCCAUAAACAAUCAAAUUAAACUAUAAAUGUAAAACCAAACCUGUGAACAAGAGAACAAAUGGUAAAUGAGACAAAAAAUGUAAAUGAGAAAACACAAACGUAAGAAAAAGCAAACAAAAAAAAACUGUAUCACAAGAAUAAAAUCUAAAGUAGAAACAA